UUGAUUCCAGGUUUUAGUGUUCUUCUUCUUCUUCUUCACGUGGUUUCUUCUUCGUCGCGAAUUUCUCUUUUUAACACGUUUUAGGUUGCCAAGUUCACGAAGAAAGCAAACAAGAACGUUCUUGAAUUGAGAGAAAAAUGAAUUUUAAAGGUAUAGCAUGGGUUGAAAACGUCUACCAAAGGUUUGAAGCAGUGUGCUUAGAGCUUGAAGAUCUUAUUGUCCAGGACACAGCUAAAUACGUUGAGAGCCAAGUUCAAACUGUUGGAAACUCUAUGAAGCAAUUCUAUUCGGAUAUGGUUCAAGAUCUGCUUCCAGAUGACUCCGUAGUUUCGGAAAAGCCAUUACCUGUUUCUAUGUUACAUGAAUACGCUCCUGUUUGUUCCUUCCAGAAGAAAAGAGAAAGCUUCAGCGGGAAAAACAGAGAUGUGAAUCAAGAACAAGAGGUAACUGAGGGGGAAAAGAGUGGAUGUGAAAUGAAAUUGCGUGGUCUUGAUGCAGACUCGACUAUUCCAUCAACGGUUCAUAAUACUCGUCUCAUAAAUGAUGUUGGAACUGUAAAGUCAAGUGAUUCUCCUCAAGGUGAAGUAGCAAGACUCAACUCUAAAGAGGAGGAUUCGAUGCAAACUAGUUCGAGUUCUGUCCCAGAACAGCUUAGUGGAAGAUCAGUUGAAGAAAGCUGUAUCAUUGUGGAUAGAGACGAACUGCAUUGUGUUUUUCCUGACAAGAAGGAGAAUGACAAACACAAACCUUACAAGAAGAUCCGAGACGCUAUAUUUUCAAGAAUGAAGCAAAACAGAGAAAAAGAAUACAAGCGACUUGCGCAACAAUGCUACGCUGAAGAUGUUGUAAAUGGUAGAGAAUGUGGUGACAAUCCGGAACGGAUUGAGGAAAACCAAUCAGCAGAAGAAUCUGAAUGGGAGCUUCUAUAAAAUGUUACACAUAUAAUAUAAGUAAUUAAGCACCAUCUCUUUGUAAAUAAAGAAUGUACAUAAGUAAAACAUAAGAAGCAACUUAAAAGCUUCCUCUGGUUUCAUAAUGAAUAAGGCUCUUAUCUUUAUAAGAUUGUUAUUAACUUUCUGUGUAUGA